UAGAUGUUUGAUAUUUAGGUCAAGUGGUAAAUAGAACGGCGUGGCGUUGCAUAAAGUUUAUUUCCUGACUAGAUUGUCAGCAGUUUUUUGAAGUUUUGUUAUUCCUGACUGUUGUGUCUGUUUACAAUCAUGUCUAGUUCAAUGAUUACAGAUAGUUUUAAGCAGACAAAGAGAAUAGGACGACAGGUAAAGAAAGAAGACAAGGAAGCAGGGAGAGGUGGCGUUAAGACACAGCAACAGAUAGACCUUGAACUUCUACAACAGUUUGACCUUACAUUGGAGUUUGGUCCUUGCAGUGGAAUAACGAGGAUGGAGAGGUGGGCCCGAGCUGAGAAGCAUGGACUGAAUCCUCCUCCAGAAGUAAAAGAUUUGUUGGAACAACACCCACAUGAUGAAGAAUACACGCAGUGUUUGUGGAAGGAUUACAGCAUUUGAGCCAGAUCCUCACCCCAAAUAGCAGUUUAAUCAUGGUUACAGCAUUUUGACAUCUACCAUAUUGUUCCCAUGGUUACAUGUUGUGUUCUCAACCAUAUUGUUCCCAUGGUUACAUGUUAUAUCAUUAACCAUAUUGUUCCCAUGGUUACAUGUUGUGUUCUCAACCAUAUUGUUCCCAUGGUUACAUGUUAUAUCAAUAACCAUAUUGUACCCAUGGUUACAUGUUAUAUCAAUAACCAUAUUGUACCCAUGGUUACAUGAUAUUAAUCACUGGAUUGUCUGUUUCAGACUCGAUUAUUUACAGACCGCCGUCAUAUAGCUGGAAUAUUGCUGAGUGCGGCGUUAAACAACAAACCAAACCAAAACCAAACCAUGGUUACAUGUUAUAUCAUCAACCAUAUUGUUUCCAUUAUUAUGUGUUUUAUCAACAACUUUUAUGCCAUUGUUGCAGUUACUGCAAAAUUUCAUAUCUAUUUAUCCUAGAAGAAAGAUUUUUACUGUCAUUUCAGCAUAUUAUUCUCACCUAAGGGAUUAUUGUCAUAAUCAUAGCUUUAUUUAAAAAUCUUGGAUUUUUCUACCUGUAAACAUGUCAGAAAGCAUGAGUGCAUGAUUUUAUUAACCACAAAUUUCAUUUAUUUUGCCUGAUUAUCAUGAUUGUAUCAGAAACAAUAAGAAUAUUUUUUAUCAAGUGUCUAUUUACUCAACAUGGCUGUUUUCUAAACGUAAACAUAUUCACAAGCACCAGGAAAAAAUCCAAGGUAAUUGUGAAAUUUGCCUUGUACCAAGACAUACAGAGUCCCUUCAUGUGGUUGUGUCAAGCUCCAGAGCCAACGGGGACAUAGGGCCAAGUCGUCUAAGGCGCCGCGAUUCGCUGUGCAGAGUUUCAUCCCUUGGACACACCAGAAACCUAUGAUUGUGGGUUCAAAUCCCGGUUCGCCCCGAUUAUGUUUGUGAGCACCAUACCCAUGC